AUGGGGAAAAAGUCGCCGUUCUCCGAUAUUGAAGCGGCUCGUUAUCCCCCGCCACCACCGCCUACUUUCUACAUGCCACCGCCAACACAAUGGUUCUCAUGGUUGGUGCCACUCUUUUUUUUAGCCAAUAUUGCAAUGUUCGUGUAUAGCAUGUAUAUCAAUGAUUGCCCUGGCUAUUUGAAUGAAGAUGAUUGCCUUUGGUAUCAAUAUUUGGGAAAAUUUUCUUUUCAACCUUUCAAUGAAAACCCUCUCCUUGGCCCUUCUGUCCGCACGUUGAGGGUAUUAGGAGCUCUUGAAAGGGACCUUGUGGUGGGUGAAAAUGAAGUAUGGCGGUUCAUUACUUGCAUGUUUCUUCAUGCAGGAGUUAUACAUUUACUUGCUAAUAUGUUUAGUCUUUUAUUCAUAGGAGUUCGCCUUGAGAAUGAAUUUGGAUUUUUGAAAAUUGGAGUACUAUAUUUGCUUUCUGGCUUUGGUGGAAGUUUGUUAUCUAUUUUGCAUAUGGGAGAUGUUAAAGCACCAAACACCGUAUCAGUUGGUGCAUCAGGUGCACUUUUUGGACUUCUGGGAGCCAUGCUUUCUGAGCUUCUAACCAAUUGGACUAUCUAUUUAAAUAAGUGUGCAGCUCUAACAAGUCUACUGCUCAUUAUUGGCCUAAAUUUGGCUGUUGGAUUUAUACCUCAUGUGGACAAUUCAGCUCAUAUAGGAGGAUUCCUAUCUGGAUUUUUCCUUGGCUUUGUUAUUUUAAUGCGCCCUCAAUUUGGUUAUGUGAAUAACAAAUAUAUACCACCAGGAUAUGAUGCAAAACGUAAAUCCAAGUAUAAAGGCUAUCAGUAUUUCUUCCUGGUCUUGUCAGUCAUUACGCUACUUAUCGGAUAUGCCUAUGGCUUAGCUACAUUGUACAUAGGAGAAUCAAAUGAUGUAUUUUCCUACUUAGGGAAUACUGAAAGUUGA